AUGAAGGCUCUCAUCUCAACCCACUACAUCACCAAGACCACACCUUUAUCCCUCUUAUCUUCAGCCUCUAAAUCAAUCCGUUCCUACCCACCAACCCAAUUCAAAACCCCCAAUUUCCUCCACCAACCCAAUACUUUUGUGCCCUAUGCUUCUCUCUCUUCCGAGAUAGCCCCCACCGGAGCUCUUGAAAUGGACGCGGCGUCUCGCCGGCAGCAACGCUCCGGUGAGAUUCACGUCGUCGUUGGUCCAAUGUUUGCCGGAAAGACCACCACGCUUCUUCGCAGGAUUCAAUCCGAGAAAGUCGAUGGCAGGCCCCAAAAGCAUAUGCAACUGAAUAAAACGUUGAAGGGACUUUGUUAUUCAGGACGAUUGGCAGAAGCUGUUGGAAUGUUGUGUCGUGCAGGAGUCAAGGCAGAACCAGAGACGUAUGCUCUUCUAUUGCAAGAGUGCAUUAUUUGGAAAGAGUAUAUGAAAGGAAAAAGAAUUCAUGCCCAAAUGAUAGUUGUGGGGUUUGUUGAGAAUGAAUAUUUGAAGACCAAGUUGUUGAUCUUGUACGCAAAGUCUGGGGAUUUAGGAACGGCUCACUAUUUGUUUGAUAUGUUGCUUGAUAGAAGCUUGGUUUCAUGGAAUGCAAUAAUUGCUGGGUAUGUGCAAAAGGGGCAUGAAGAUGUUGGGUUGGGUCUUUAUCACAAGAUGAGACAGAGUGGUUUUAUACCUGACCAAUAUACAUUUGCUUCAGUCUUCAGGACAUGUGCCACUUUGGCAACUCUGGAGGAUGGGAAGCAAGCCCACGGUGUCAUGAUAAAAUGCCAAAUUGUAGGGAAUGUUGUAGUCAAUAGUGCCCUCAUGGAUAUGUACUUUAAAUGUAGUGAUUUAUCUGAUGGGCAUAAGGUAUUUGAUGCAUCUCAAAAUAGGAAUGCCAUUACCUGGACUGCUCUGAUAUCCGGGUACGGUCAACAUGGAAGAGUUCACGAGGUCUUAGAUUAUUUUCAUAGGAUGAAAGCUGAAGGUAUCAGACCAAACUAUGUUACUUUUAUUGCAGUUCUUUCUGCAUGUAGUCAUGGAGGUUUGUCUAAUGAGGCUUGGGAAUAUUUUUCUUCCAUGACAAGAGAUUAUGGAAUUCAGCCAAGAGGACAGCAUUAUGCAGCCUUGGUAGACCUUUUAGGACGUGCUGGGAGGUUAGAAGAAGCAUAUGAGUUUAUUCUGAACUCUCCUUGUAAGGAGCACUCAGUGAUGUGGGGUGCUUUUCUUUGGGCUUGUUUGUGGGACAGUGUUGCUAAGCUUAGGGCUAAGAUGAGUGAUUUGGGGAUGAUAAAGGAUAACGUUGCAGUAAUAAAAUCAAACAAGGAUACAAGAUAUGGAUUGGAUUCGAUUGUGACACAUGAUGGGGUUAAAUUGCCUUGUUGGGCAUUACCAAAUCUGUCAUCAUUCAAACAAAAGUUUGGUCUUGAUGCAUAUGAGCAGCUAGAUGUAAUCGGUAUUGAUGAAGCUCAGUUCUUUGGAGAUCUUUAUGAUUUCUGCUGUGAAGCUGCUGAUCAUGAUGGCAAAAAAGUAAUAGUUGCUGGACUAGAUGGGGACUAUUUGAGGAGGAGCUUUGGUUCUGUGCUUGAUAUAAUUCCCCUUGCUGAUUCUGUAACCAAGUUAACUUCUCGAUGUGAACUUUGUGGGAAACCGGCUUUUUUCACAUUACGGAAGACGGAGGAGAUACAGACUGAAGUGAUUGGCGGGGCUGAUGUAUACAUGCCUGUAUGUCGAAAGCACUAUGUAAAUGGACAAGUAGCCAUUCAAGCUGCACGAGUUGUGCUGGAAUCUCAAGUUCAUUGCGGGUCGUGUGCGUAGCAGCAACUGACUCAGUAGGCUGUAAACUGUAUUUCGGAACACCUCGUUACAUGUAUUUUUCAAAAGUUUUACAUCUUUGCUGCAUGGUCUGCAAGCAUAUGUCGUUACUUGUUAGCAAAUGUUCUUUCGCUGUCCUUCAUGAAUGUAUAUAAACUUUUAACCACGCAUAGCAUAUGUAGGAGGUAUGCUAUGUUAGUUAAUAUUCAUGACAUGUAAUGGAUCAUUAUCUCUAUCUCUAAU